UCUGUUGUGCAUUUCUGCAUCUUGUAUCAUAGUAACGAAUUUUUAGUUGUGGUGGCUUCGUAGUCAAUUUAGUAGUGAUACGAUUGCAUUUCAGUUAGUGGUGUGUUAAAGGUGCAUAUUUAACAAGAUGAAUACUUACAACUAUCACGAUGGAACAAAUUCUAGCAGGGUGUUGAAACCUCCAGGCGGCGAGAGCAGCAACAUCUUCGGCGCUAGCGUGACCGACGCGCCGGCCGGCGUGCCGCGCAACGUGCGCCACCAGAUGCAGUCCUCCCUGUUCGGCCCAGCCAGCAACGGCAACCAGCCGACGCCGCGCAAAGGCGCAAUCGACUCGCACGACCGACUAUUCGGCAGCGACAAUAAGGUGGUUAACACGCCUUCCAAAAAUCACAUGAAGAGCAAUAUUGGAAUUGGAACCACUGACAAUGUUGAUCGUGCCACUCCGGUCCAACAGAAUGGGCACAGUGUCGCUUCGACGCCAUCGUCACCUAACGGAGAUGCAAACUUUACAAAUGGAGAUUCAGCCAGGCACAGCUCCAGCAACGGCGUUACCAACGGCGCAACUAACGGUUUUUCUGGAAAAAGAGUACCACCAGGUGGUUUUUCUUCCGGCCUAUGGUGAAGGAGCUUUUUCCUGUGAAUUCUCCAAAAUUCACAAUAUGUAAACAUAAAUUAUUGGAGUUAUAUCUAGCAAGUAUAAUUUUUUCCUUGUAAAGUGACAAAACUUCUUGAAUACUACUAGUUAAGGUAAUGAAAGCCUAAUAUUGGCAUUAAUGAUCACGUAAUUAGUGUAGUAUAGCGAUUUA